ACCGUUACAAGGAAGACCCGCGAAAAACGAAAGGUUCCACAGCGUCAGCCACACCCUUUUCACGAUAAACAGGUGAGGUACAUGAACUAAAGGACACCCCGCACAAUUUUGGUGAGGAUCUGGAUAAAGGUGCAGAUUGAGGGUUUCCCCCCCGCCCCCACAUAGAGGCCAAGUGGUGCAGUGACCCACCAGAUGCACCUCCAAUCUCCUCCAAAUUCAAGUCGUCGGCGUCCUCCUGGCUGCGACUGACGUCCUGCGAGUUGACGGACAGGCUGAUCCGGAGCGGUGGGCUUUCCAGGGGGCUCUCCUUCUUGGGCACCUCUCUCCCAGAAGAAAGCCGCUGUCGGCUCCGGGCUAGGGGCGCUUGACCGGCGUGCACGGCUCCCAGCAGAAUCAAACAAGUGGUCAGGCUAUGCCAUAACUUCAUGGUCCACUCGGGACAUGGCGCUGCUCGGAACCAAACGGUCUCAUCUGCUCAUCGUGGAUACGGCGAGGAGGGACUUGCUUCCAGAAGUUCCUCAGACGACCAUCCACACCCAGAACCGGGCCGCACUGAGCCACAAGGAUGGGGAGUGCUGCUGGUGACGUGUGUGAGGGUCCAUCCUCUGUGGGUGGAGAUAAGACGGAGCCGACACAGGCGAAGAUAUGGAGACGAGCUGCAAAGAGAGGACUUUAGUGCACUUUGUUGUCCUUGCAAUGUGCAUGGUCGCUGUCUGUAGUGCAGCAAGGAGGUCCAAUGUGAGGAGGUCUGAUCGCCUGAGUCCUCCGUUGGACAUCCAGUUGGAGACAGUCAACUGCACCGCCUUCAGUGUGCGAUGGAAGAUGCCCCGACGACACGUCAGCACCAUCACCGGAUACAAGGUGUUUUACACAGAGAUGAAAAAUGGCCGUCCGCUGGGCACGGCCUCCGUGUUGGAAGUGCCUCUCAGUCUGGACAUGCUGACAACUGGCCAAUUUGACGGGCAAGCAAGCUUUGAUGUGGACGUUGCAAACUUAAAGGUGAACACAAAGUACCGAGUGAGUGUUGGCGCCUACGGUUGGGCCGGGGAGGGUCGACCCAGCAUGCCCCGAGACGUUGGCACCGGCUCACAUGAAAUGUGCAUGCCACCCUCACCCCCAACUCAGCCUGUCGUCAUGGCGAUAUCUGACACGGAGUUGGCGCUGUCAUGGCAGCAAGGGGAGAGCGAGGGAAGUGCACCCGUCCUCCACUUCCUGGUUGCUUACAUCAGGCCAGAAAUGGACACGGAGUGGACGUACAUCCGGGAGGCCAUCGAGACCAACUCCAUGGUGCUGAAGGGCCUGAUACCAGAAACGGAGUACCAGUUUGUCAUCAGAGCCGUCAACUUGUACGGAGCCAGCCCGCCGAGCCACGUCAAUCACCCGGUGCGCACUCUGGGAGCAUCAGAUGUGGGCAGUGGUGAUUACGGGCGUUACCUCACAGACACGCAGGUCAAAGACGACGACGGUUUUGACGACUCCGACUAUGACAUCUUUAUUGAGAAGCUGAAUCAGUUUCCUGAUGUCAAUCAAGACAACGGCAAGUCGCAGCUUCGCUCUCGCUCCGGUCCGUCGGGUCAGAACGUCGUCUACCGCAUGAACACCAUGGCUCCACCCGACAACACUUCACUUCCCCUGGCCUCCUCCACCACCCCUACAGUCUUCCCUGACUUCUCAGGUCUGAUUUUCCCCACCAGCUCAGAGCGGGACAUCACCACUCUGACCGCUACUACCACCACCAGUACCACUUUGCCCGCAUCCACCGCGCCUCCCACCAUCUCCCAGUGGAAUGGCGAGGUUCCACGAGUCUACCAACUGACCUGUGACGACACAGUCUGCCCCCCCGACAGCUUCUGCCUCAGCGACUUUGGUAGCGGUGGGUCGCGCUGCCACUGCAACCUCGGACGUGCGGGGAACACUUGCUCUGAAGUGGUGUCCGUCAAGUUUCCCAGGUUCUACGGCUACUCCCACAUGACCUUUGAACCUUUGAAGAACUCCUACCAGUCUUUUCAGAUCACAGUGGAGUUCAAGGCGGACGCUGAGGAUGGUCUGCUGCUCUACUGCGGUGAGAAUGAACACGGCCGUGGAGACUUCACCUCGCUGGCCCUGGUGCGAGGCAAGCUGCACUACAGGUUUAACUGUGGCACGGGCGCGGCUCACAUCAUCAGCGAGAGUCGCGUCGUGGUCGGCCAGUGGCACACGGUGACCGUCUUUAGAGACGGCAUGAGCGGCUGGCUCCGACUGGACAACGACACGCCGAUGUCCGGUCGAUCCCCGGGUCAGUACACCAAGAUCACAUUCCGCUCGCCGCUGUACGUGGGCGGAGCUCCGGGCGCUUAUCACCUGGUGAGGACGACGGGCACCAAUAGAGGCUUCGUUGGCUGCUUGCAAAGUCUGACCGUCAACAACAUGGCCAUCGACAUCAGGCCGUGGCCGCUGGGCCGAGCUCUGAGCGGCGCUGACGUAGGCGAGUGCAGCGACAGUGUGUGCGACGUGGUGGGCUGCGUUAACGGCGGCGUGUGCUUCGCAAACCGCGCCGAUGGCUUCAUCUGCCUUUGCCCGCUCAGCUUCAGAGGAGCGCUUUGUGAAGAGAGCUUCUCUCUGUCAUCACCGCUCUUCAACGAGACUCUCUUCUCUUACGCCGUGGUGCCGUGGCCUCAGCCCACUCAGAGCUACCUGUCCUUCAUGGAGUUCGAGCUCACCUUCAGGCCGUCUGAGCCCGACGGAACGCUGCUGUACAGCGACGACGCCGGCAGUGGGGACUUCCUGGCCAUCAACCUGGUGGAGCGAUACGUGGAAUUCAGAUUCGACUGCGGCUCUGGAGGCGCUGUUUUAAGGAGCAAGGAGCAGAUCAGCCUGGACGCCUGGCACGAGCUGAGGGUGUCUCGCACUGCAAAGAGUGGCAUCCUGCAAGUGGACAGCCAGAGGCCUGUGGAAGGAUUUGCUGAGGGAGCUUUCACGCAGAUAAACUGCAGCUCUCCUCUCUACAUUGGAGGUGUGCCAGAGUACGAGAAAACCAAGAGAACCGCCGCCGUCAUGAAGCCCUUCACCGGAACUAUUCAAAGGCUGAUACUGAACGAUCGCACCAUCUCCAUAACAAACGGCUCGGCUGGCGGCGUGAACGUGGCCAAUUCCGCUCACCCGUGCGUCCAAAGUCCCUGCGCCAACGGCGGAACCUGCAGGCCCAAGUGGGACGGCUACGAGUGUGACUGCCCCCUAGGGUACGAUGGCCGGCACUGCCAGAAAGAGUGUGGAAAUUACUGCUUGAACACCGUGACGGAAGCCAUCGAGAUCCCACAGUUCACCGGUCGCAGCUACCUGACCUACGACAACAGGGACAUCCUGAAAAGGGUGUCUGGUUCCAGGAACAACCUCUUCAUGCGUUUCAAGAGCACAGCCAAGGACGGCCUCUUGCUGUGGCGAGGAGACACGCCCAUGAGAGCCAACAGUGACUUCCUGUCCAUGGGACUGCAGGAUGGAGCGCUCAUCUUCAGUUAUAAUCUAGGCAGUGGUCCAACAAACAUUGUUGUCAAUGGAACCUUCAGUGAUGGGAAGUGGCACAGAGCCAAAGCAGUCAGGGACGGCCAGUCAGGGAAGCUGACAGUGGACGACUACGGGGCCAAAACGGGCCGGUCGCCAGGCAAGAUGCGACAACUGAACAUCAAUGGACCGUUAUAUGUUGGCGGCAUGAAGGAGAUCGCCCUGCACACCAACAGGCAGUACGUCGGAGGGCUCCUGGGCUGCGUGUCGCACUUCACGCUGUCCACCGACUACCACCUGGCGCUGGUGGAGGACGCCGCAGACGGCAAGAACAUCAACACGUGCUCCAAGUAGAGCCUCAGGUCCUGUUUUUGAAGAAGCGCGCCAUCUUGGCUCUUUUUUUUUUUUUUUUUUUUUUGGCUGUUGGUCAUUGUUGGAAGUGACUGAAACGCUGACACAAUGAUAUGUUCAUGUAUCGGCCACAGGAGGCGACAAAGCGCUCCGCAGGCCAAAAGUUUAGAAGGACAUUUUUGAUGGGGAAUUUUUUUUUUUUAACUGCAAAUCCUUCUUUGAUUGAAAGAGUAAUCCUGGGGAGGAAGCGUUAUGAAGGAACGGCCCGACCUAGAGCAGCUAGCACACAUCCACUUCUUUGUAGAGGAUUUUGCUUCGGCCUUAGCGACUUUCUCUCUCUUUUCUUCUUUUUGUUGUUCUUGUUGGUUGUCUAGUGGUUGUGUGUCUCUGUAGACAAGGUGUGCGUUUUUAUUCAUUUUUUAAGGUCGACACUCGCUGAGGGUGAAGCUUUAGCUGCAGUCAUGUUUUAUAUGGUAAAAGGUUAGCCAAACUGCUGUGAUGGUUUUCUAUUCCAACAAUGGUGUUGUCAGUCACACUGCCGACAAAUCAUUGGUGAUUCAUAUCCAAAUAAUAAUUUAAAAAAAAAAAAGCUUACUAUCUCGCAGACACGGCGGCGUACAUCGUUGGGAUUCUUGCCGCGAGUCUCGUCACACUUGUUGCUAGGCAGAAUUCAUAGCGCUGAAUCACAAAUGACUCAUACGCCAACGGAGAAAAAACAAAAAACUAUUUGGUAACGGAACCACCGCUCUGUAUUAAAUCUUUUUUUUUUUUUUUUUUUUUUUUUACAUGCAUGCAUGUUACAUUGGAAUACCUCCAAUAUUACAAUUCACAAUUCCAAAAUAGAAUUCAAAGAAGAGUAUUUGCCCGAUGAAGUGAUUCUCUUUGUAUUACUACUACUUUUUUCAGACUUCAUUCUUGUAACGUUACAUUUUUUGCCGACAUUUUGCUGAUUUAUUCUAGUAGCAAUGACAAAUUUAUACCUUUUACAUGUGUUUUUGUAAUAUUAAAUUAAACAAAUACUAUACUGUGGAACCUCGGUUAAAGUCCGCCCCGGUUAGCGUGUUUUUGGGUUUACGUCGAAAAUUUACAGUUUUGCCUCAAUUUGCUUCUAUUCUCCGGUUAGUGUAUAAUAUGGCGCACAUCUUGCGGUGUUAUUAAUACGCUGCGUGAGUCUGUCUGUUGUGUUCUUUUUUUUUUUCGGAAAAUGUCCAUCCUUGUUAGCAUCCUCUUAGCUAGCGAACAAAACUGCAACCGGACCCAGGAGUUUGCUCAGUUACGCGGCCCAUCUAUGAUGUCAUCAGCGGUUAACAUAAAACACGUUUUAAUAGUUUUACGUUCUAAAUGCGUACAAAUGAUUGAAUGAAAAGGAGAAACUAAUAUUUAAGGUUACUUUUAUCUUCAUUGACGACUACUCUUCCCAAAGACACGAUGUGUCAGCGAGACACCCCACAGACACCAUCUUCCUGUUUUGUCAUGAGUUAUUUCUUGAAUUCAGUAGCGUUCCUCACCUUUUUUUUUUUUAGCAAAAAUGCUGCAACUUGCAACUUUCUUUGGCUCCGUUUUGGGGUGAGAAACACCAUUGAAUUCAAGAAACAACUCAUGUCAAAACAGGAAGGUGGUGGUGGCUGAUCUCGCUGCCACACAUCGCGUCUGUGGCUACAGUCACGUCAAGAAUCACGUCUUUUAUGAAGAUAAACAUUAUCGUAAAUGUUUAUUUAUCCCUUUCAUUCAUCGAUGAUAUGCACUUUGAGUUUAAUUUUGUUAUACAUCUAAAACUAAAAUUGUUAAACUAUAAAAACAUGUUUUGGGUAAACAUUUUUGGCUUCCUGGAACUGAUGAAUUGGAUUUACAUUGCAGUCGUCCCUCGCAAUAUCGGGUUUUUCAGAAAUGAAUUAUGAAAUGAUCAAUGUUUCGUGGUAGCCGAUGGUCUGUUAUUAGUCCAACACAUUGAAGUACAAGCGAUAUGUAGUGUUCUGGUCACAAGCCGCAGUCAUGACACAAGACAUUGAGACAUUACCUUAACACUGCAUCAAGUCUUGAAGUCAGACAUGAUAGAGUGAAAAAAGGUUUUCCUCUCAUCCCAUGUGGAUGUGGUAAGUUUUUGGCGUCUUAAAUUUAGGCCCUGCCCACACGGGAACGCAUCAGUGAGUGAAAACGAUGUAAUACAGAAGGCACACCUGCGUGUGGCGCUGUGAACAGGCACGCAGACGGAACCACGUGACAUUCCAAACCAUAGAAGAAGAAAUGCACAUAAUUCCGUCGUCUUCCGCUUACGAGAAGUGGAAUUACUUCUGCGAGUCAUUAUGGAGAUGAGAUGACAAAAUAUCAGGAGAAUGUCGUCUGAGGUGAGUCACGUCCCUCAAAAUAUUCAUUCAUUAUGUUGGCUUGUCGUCAAAGCUCACUUCUGGUCACGUGACGGCGACGGCGGAUCGGUGACGUCAUAGUUCUGAUAUUGCCUGUCGUGAUGGAAAUUUCGACUCUUUUUCAGAGACCCGGUUCUUUUGGCUCGGCUCACUAAAAAGAGACGUCUCUUUUGGCUCCCAAGUGGCUCAUCAGAUUUUUUUUUUUGUUGACUGAAAUGAAUUUACCACCAAAUUAUGUGUAUUGUGUAAAAUGAAUUACCAAUGCAAAAAAUGCAUGAUAACAAAUGUUUGUUUAAAUUGAUUUAUUUAAACCUCAUUGAGCAGCUACAAAAAUAGAUUCUAAUGUUAUAUUAUAAAUAAAAUACAAAGACAAAAAGCCCAUCUCAAUUGACCAAUUAAGUCAAACUAUCUCUUCAUGCAAAUUUCUCAUGAACGAAUCGGCUCUAAGAGCACCACAGUGUGUGUUUAACCCCACCGCUCCCCCUGCUCAGUGUGGACACAGAGAACCGCCCCACAUCUUGACCAAUGACAUUCACCUUUUAACAGAAAAUAAGACAAGGAAAAACUAAUUGUCUCCCAACGACGCGAACCAGCUCCCAUCGCUCAUUUCAAAGAGCCGGCUCUUGGAGCCGAUUCGUUCGCGACCGACACAUUACUAAUUUACCUGUCUACACCUACGCGGCAACGACAAGCCGCCGUUUUCAGACUUUCCCACUCUGGAAGAAGUCUUCAAAAAAUAUCGUUUCAGGUCACCCAGAAUGCCGUUGCCGUGAGGAUGAGAGGCUGAAACGCUAAAAUACUUUGCCAUUUUGACCUGAAAACGUUUCCGUGUGGAUAGAAGCUAACUGGUUAGCUCGCUAGCUAGUGGCCGUCUCCAGUCCUUGCAGCAUAAGAGUUGCAGUUUGGCGUAAACAAUGAAUAAUAGGAGUGUAAAGGUGACAAAAGGCGUGUUAUUUCAUGCCCACAUGGCUCUAAUAAUGUUGAAAACCCCAUUUAGAAAGUCAGAAACAGCUUUUCUAACUCAGAAAAUAUUCAAUUUUUAACAUUUAAUCCUAUAUCGCGGAAAUUCAUUUAACGAGUUCGUACAUGGAACCAAAACAAGGGACGACUGUAUUUCUUAUGGGAAAAAAUGUAUUUGGUUAGCGUCCAUUUCGGUUGGAGUCAGCUGCUCCAAAUUUGCAUAACAAUAACCAUCGAAUAAAGUCAAAUGAAAUCUGUGGAACAGGAGAAGAGGAUCUUCGACUUUUCCCUGGCAGAGGAAAUGUGUUUAUCAUGUAAGGGCAUCUAGAUCACCAGUACCAUCUGCACCAAUGGCUGCACACGACCAAAAAAGAACAAAUGAUACCAACCACGGUUCCACUGCACUUGUGAAAUCAUUUAUACACUUUUGUUGUACUAUUACAACUUAACUGUCAUAAAAUGAUGUUUUCCCUCCAAUAUUACAAGUCAAUUUUCCCCAAAUUGUAAUUAAAAAUGCUAUUUUGUUUGGUAAAUUGUAUUGUGUUUUUUUGCUGGUAUGUCUGGUGAAAUUAUGGCUUUUCGUGAAAAUCACAACUUGGUUUUGGUGAAUUACGGCUGUGUUCCUUUUGACUUUAUUCUUGUAAUUCUGUGCCAUUGUUUUUUCUCUUCCAGCGUGCCGCUAGCACGACGCUGUCCACAUGUUGCAGCACUAGUGGUGGCAGUGUUGUCCUCCCUACAACAAUGUAAGACUGCAACAUGACUGGAAGUCUUCUUUAUUUCAGUCCGCUCAUUGUUUCUGUUGAGCAGCAGAGGAGCGGUAAAGCUUGACAAAUGGGGUCAUGGGUCAUCCGUGAAUGUCGUGCAGCUCUAAUUGGUUUGGAAGGGAAAAAAAACCACAGAAAGUCAGCAAAGACCUGCGGCAUUAAAUGUAAAUAAGACAUCAUGUGACUGAUCACCUGCUGUCUGCUCUUCCCGCAUGAUCGAUAGUUCCAAUGAUCACCUUUAUUUGGACUGUGAGCUGUCCCACAUAUAUUUCACCCGCUGUGUUUGCCAACAAGAAGAACACGGUAAUUGUUGCUUUAAAAGAUGAUUUUGU